AUGCCUCCCGCUUCCGCUGCCCAGAAGCUCAAGGAUGCUAAGGGAACCUCGCGAGCUUCGAGCGUCGUCUCCAAGCCUGACCCAGAGAGCCCCAAAUCCGAGAACCAAGAGAACAACUAUCUGAAGGAGCUUCAAAAGACCCUCCGCAAUGCCACGAAGAAGCUGAACUCCUUCGCCAAGGUCGACGCUAUCAUCGCCGAAAACCCCGACAAAUCGCUCGACGAACUCAUUGCGGAGAAAAAGAUUAACAAUGACCAGAAGGCACAGAUUCUGAAGAAACCCGCCCUUCAGGCUACUAUUGCCCAGACUGAGGAGCAGCUUGGCCACUACAAGCAAGUGAUUGCUCAGUACGAGGACCGUCUGGCCGAGGAGAAAGAUGCGCUUGUCAAGGCGCACGAGGCGGAGCUCGAAGCUGUCCGUAACAACGCCAUUGCCGAUGCGACCGAGGCCUCCAAGAAGGCACUGCGCCAGCAGUUCCACACGGUGACCAAGUUCCUAUGCGCCGCGGCCAUGCUCCGACGCGAAGGUGAUGCCGUCACCACCGAGAGCCGUGCUUUCGAGGGUGCUCUGUACGAGGUGUACGCGGGCAAUCAGUCCGCAGUAAAGUCGUUGCUGAAGAUUGCUGAGGGUGCUGAUGAUAAGGUCAAUUCCGUUGAGGGCGAAACACUCGAGUUCACCUAUGGCGACCUCAAGCAGGCAGCCGAGAGAUUCGCUCCGCCAGAGGAGAAUACCGAAGCCGUGGAGGAGACCAAGCCCACUACUGACCCCACCAUGGCCAAUGCUGGUCUUACUGAGCUUGAGGAUUCCUCGCUCCAGGCUCAAGCCGAGCCUACAACAUCUCAGGCUGACCAGCUGGCCCCUCCUGCCCAAACUCAGGUUUCGGAUGCUGCCAAUCCCGUUGCAGAUGACAGCUGGGUUCCUGUCUCCGAUGAGGGCGAAUGGGUCGAGCUUCCACGUAACCCUGCUGAGACCGAUACUGGCCUUCAGGCUACCCCGGCUAGCGCUGAUGCGGGUCUGAACAACGCUUCCGCUGGGGCGGAUGUUGCGCCUCAGAGCGAGAACACUGCCAAGUCGAAUGGUGGACGCCGUCGCCGUGGACACGGACCCCGCGGUGGCCGUGGCCGAGGUGACGCUAAGAAGGGUGGUGCUGAGAGCCGCAGUGACGAGGGUCGGGGCGAGGGUCGGGGCGAGGGUCGCACUGAGGGCCGUACUGAGGGCCGUGCCGAAGGCCGUCCCGAAGGUCGCGGCCGUGGUGGACGCAAUGGACGUGGCCGAAAUGGCCGGCGUGGCGGCGCAAACGGAACCGAGAAUGGAAAUGGCUCUGGUCCGGCGGAAGCUCCUGCUUCCAAAGAGUAA